UUUUCUUGACACUUGGGCCUACUGGUGGCAUUUGUAAUGUUAACCUCAUGUGUUAUGUCCCAAAGCAGGCACAAAUGACUAACGGAGAUGCCAAUAAUAAUCAAAGCUGACCUGGCCUCCAGGUUCUCACAGCAUCCCUCAGUCCCUACUAGUUCCAGGGUAUGACUGACAUAUCCUGUAUGUUUCCUCCCUGAAACUUCUCCAAGGCUGUGCUGCCCUUCCCUGUAUAAUCCAGCCAUUUUGGUUACCUGGCCCUUUUGGUCUACCCUUUACUCUCUUGGGCACUCUCUUGACCCAGACUGCCCAUCUUGGUCCGCAGCUUCUCUUCCCUUUCCUCUUCCCACUCUUCUCACAUGGCCCAGCUCAGGAUCGUGUUCACUCUGGAUUCUCCCAGAUGUCCCUGCCUCUGGCUGUGUGCUCCCUCUUAUCUACAAUAAACCUCCUCCUGCACCAUUCCUAGGAGCAGUCAUGUCCUUUUUUAUUUCUUUUUGUUGUUGUUGUUUUUCAUGCAUCACGCAGGCAAGAUUAUGAAGGUUCCUGAUGUCAGCCACUGCUUAAGGAGCGUCGUUGACAUUACCUGUGGAAUAGUGCCCUGGAGUUCUGGAGUCAGAAUCAAUUUGAAUUUAGUGUGGUUGGUACCCUUUGAGAAAUAAUGAAAAUACAACAUUAGUUUUUCAAGAUCACUAUCUUGAUUCAACGUGGAGAAGAGAGAAUGGCUGUCUUCCUUGGACUCUGGAUAGUACCAUCAGUGACGAGAACAGAGCUGUCAUUGAGAAAAUGCUGUUGGAAGAAGAGUAUUAUUUGUCUAAUAAAUCACUUCCAGGAAAAUUCUGGGUUAAUCAAAAGGAAGAUGAUAAAAAAUACACCAACAGGGUACAUUCUCCUACAAAACCAUCCAGUUACUCAGUAAAGUGGACGAUAGAAGAGAAAGAACUGUUUGAGCAAGGACUGGCUAAAUUUGGCAGGAGGUGGACCAAAAUCGCAACACUAGUUGAAAGUCGCACAGUUUUACAAGUGAAGAGUUAUGCCAGACAGUACUUUAAAAAUAAGGUAAAGUGGGGUGUGAAGAAAGAAACCCUAACUCAGAAGAGCGGCAGUGGUCUUCAAGUGAAAAAUAAAGAUGAAAGGACAAAGGAAUGGUCAGCAUCAUGUUUAAGGGGGCGUGCUGAUCCUAACUGGAAUGCUGUAAAAAUUGAAAAGUUAUCUGAUGAUGAAGAUGUAGACAUCACAGAUGAACAAGAUGAGUUGACUUCUCAAACACCACAAAAGAAUUCUGGCAGCCAUCUUACUUACGACAUUCCUAAUAGUAAAAGGUAUAAAACCAACCAAGGAGAAUUCAUAUGCCUAGAAGGUUCACUAGAUAAAUCUUCAGGGGAAUAUCUUCAGAAUGAGAAGCAAAGGGAAAUAGAAGCAUGUUCCAGCUCAGAAAUUAUAUCAUGUGCUGAAAAACAAAACAAUAAUGGCAAAAACUCAAUUGAAUUAAAUGAGAAAUGCAAUAAACUGGUUGAAGCAUCUGAUACUCAAGGUGGAAAAGGAAUAACAGAUGAGGCCAAGCACACACCUUCUCCAGAGUCCUGGGAGAGUCAGAAGGAUUCAAGUGGAAAUGAAAUGCUUUUGUCUCCUUGCCCAAUGGAGGAAAACCAUGAGGGAGAAGAGCUUAAGCCACCAGAACAAGAAGUGGAAAUAGAUAGAAAUGUCAUUCAAGAAGAAGAAAAGCAAGCAAUUCCUGAGUUUUUUGAGGGGCGUCAAACUAAAACUCCAGAACGCUAUUUGAAAAUUAGGAACUACAUUUUGGAUCAGUGGGAAAUAUGCAAACCGAAAUACUUAAAUAAGACCUCAGUACGUCCUGGCCUGAAGAACUGUGGGGAUGUUAAUUGUAUUGGACGGAUUCAUACAUACCUCGAGUUGAUAGGAGCAAUCAAUUUUGGAUGUGAGCAGGCAGUAUAUAACAGGCCACAACCAGUGGAUAAAGUACGAGUGAGUGACAGAAAAGAUGUAGAAGCAGCAGAAGCAGCAUACCAGCUUGCCCGGCGCCUGCAGUCUAUGCGUACAAGGAGACGGAGGGUCAGAGACCCAUGGGGAAACUGGUGUGAUGCAAAAGACUUAGAAGGGCAAACAUUUGAGCAUCUGUCUGCAGAGGAGCUGGCAAAAAGAAGAGAAGAGGAGGAAAAGUCCAAACCAAUUAAAUCUUCAAAAGCUUCAAAACUACCCAAAAGCUCACUCGAUCCCUUCCAGCUGAUACCUUGUAAUUUUUUCAGUGAAGAAAAACAGGAGCCAUUUCAGGUGAAAGUAGCCUCAGAAGUACUUUUAAUAAUGGAUUUGCAUGCUCACGUGUCAAUGGCAGAAGUGAUUGGGCUGUUAGGAGGAAGAUACUCAGAGGCUGAUAAGAUCCUUGAAGUCUGUGCAGCGGAACCAUGUAACAGUCUCAGCACAGGACUACAGUGUGAGAUGGAUCCUGUGUCACAAACACAGGCCUCAGAAACCUUGGCUCUUAGAGGCUACAGUGUUAUUGGCUGGUACCAUUCUCACCCCGCGUUUGAUCCUAAUCCGUCUUUACGAGAUAUUGACACACAAGCCAAAUACCAGAGUUACUUCUCCAGAGGAGGAGCAAAGUUCAUUGGAAUGAUUGUUAGUCCAUAUAAUCGAAGUAAUCCUUUACCAUAUUCCCAGAUUACCUGCUUGGUUAUAAGUGAAGAAGUUAGUCCUGAUGGGACCUAUCGUUUACCUUACAAAUUUGAAGUACAACAGAUGUUAGAAGAACCUCAAUGGGAAUUAGUGUUUGAAAAGACAAGAUGGAUAAUUGAAAAAUACAGGCUUUCUCAUAGCAGUGUCCCCAUGGAUAGAAUCUUUCACCGGGAUUCUGACCUAACUUGUUUGCAAAAACUUUUGGAGUGUCUAAGGAAAACACUAAGCAAAGUAGCCAAUUGCUUCAUCGCUGAAGAAUUCUUGACUCAGAUAGAAAAUCUGUUCCUUUCCAAUUACAAAAGCAAGGAAGAAAAUGGACUGGCUGAAGAGAGCAGCACAAAGGAGCUGUUCAUGUGAUUAUUUAAAGGUCUACUUGCUUUGGCAGCUGCAGAUGGCUUUUCUGCUGACCUUGACAACCUUGGCCUCCUGAGGAUAGUUAGAGCCAAGGCCUUAAAGAAGCACAGAUGAGUCUGGAACCCAAGGGGCAUGUAACACAGAAGUUCAUGAAAAACUAAAGAAAAGCCCAUCCCAACAAUGUUUGCAGAAGUGGAGGACCAGAGACACCCGAGUCUCUUCAGCCUACGUUCUGUUUUUAUUGGUGCACACAACUGUAAAAUAAUGAGCUUAAAUUUGUUCUUAAUCUGACUUUGCUAAGGAAAAUUAAUGAUCAUUCUUCUCCUAUAUUAGACUUAGUUGUUCUUCAGAAAUAAUUCUCAAGAAACAAAAUCAGUGAAACAAGACCCUGGCCCUCAUUUAGCCUUGAACCAUUCUUUUCCAGUCCUUUUAAUUGGCCUGGAGCUCUCCUUCCUGUAGUUGGUUUGACCAUGUACUCAAAGCUCAUGAGGUUUUUAGGCCCUAAGCACUUUUGCCCAUUCAGACCCCUUCCAUACAGAAUUCAGAAUUACAUUUUAUAAUUGUGUUUGUAUGAAAUAACAGUAUUCACAUUUUGGAGAAGUAAAAUAUUCCUUUAAUUUAAAACUCAGGUUGUUUUUCCUAAUAAAAUUAAGUAAAACAUUUGUUACAUGCGCUUCAGAAUACUGAGAGUCUAAGACAUUGUGCCUAAUGGAUGGUUUGCCCUGCCUGUGUUCUAAGGCUGUUGUCAGAAAAUGCAGUCAGUAUUCUCUAUCCCCUUGCUCCUUGGUCAUUUAGUGCCACUCCACCAAUAGCACUGCAGUCGGCAGCAUCAAUAGGCCUGUACAUUUGAACUUCAUUCCUUCCCACCCUAGCCAAAAGUUGGUAUUGGUUAACCCCCAUUAUUGAGGGGGGUUGGGGUUGGAGACAGUAGUUAGAAGUCAGCUGGUAAGCAUUUUUGUUCUGCUUCCUACUUUUACAUCUUGUGCUAUGUCUCACACAGUGAAGUAGCUUUCUUCCUUUUUCUCUCAAACCCCAUUAUUCGUUCAUCCUUACAGCUCAGGAGAUUUAAGAUCUUAAUAUCGUCCACUGAAAGUGUUUGACAGACCCAUUCUGAUUUCCCUGAAUUGUUUAGUACUGGCCUAGGCUUCUCCACAGAAUGUUUCUUUUCUCUGGUUUGGCUAAGUGAGGUCUGUGACGUGCAGACUACAAGCACAUUUAGCCUCUUCAGUUCUCAGUUCAAGAACAUGGCAUCCUUAGCCUUCCAGCCCAAGCCGUCCUACUGCUCUUUAGUUUACCUUUUCCCGAUGUAUAUUUCUGGGUCCUGACAGAAUGAGCUGGAGAAGCUGAUAGAAUCAGUAUGCCUGAGAGUGAUGCUCUGCUCCACGCCAGACAAAGACACCUUUGACACCUCCUUGUACACACACUUGUACAUCAUCAGUGGAUAUCCCGUGUGGGUGUCUCAUCAAUAACAGAGUUGCCAUCCAAAUUUUCCUUUUUCUACUUUCAUCUCUACCACCAAGAAGCUUAAUCUGUUAUCAAAUAGAAUAGCAUGAAGGAAAGUACCAUCAUAGAAGCACAAAGAAAAGCACACACAUGUUGAUGAACAUGUACUCUGUCAGCAUUAACAAAGAAAUUUGAUCUGGAUCUCUAGUUUCCAUUUCCUAAUAGUACUUUUAUGACAAUAUAUUUUGUGAUAUUCCCAGAAAAAUCAGUUAGGAGAAUAAUGUAAUAUAUGUAAUCAUUUCCUGACCUUUUCUGAAAAGGUUUUAUGUGUGCUUUUGUUGCCUGUAAUUUUGCUUUCUGGUAUCUCCUCUGCCUUACUCAUCAUUGCCUUAUUGCCCCCACUAAAUCAGGAGAAAAUGAAAGCAUCCAAGAGGAACUGAAAUGGUUCUAAAUGAAACUAAGUGUUAAAGCUGAAAUUAGUUCGCAGCACCUGGGUAGCUUUUAUUUUCAUCUUUUGGUGUCUCUGUCACACACACGUGUGAAUUCCAGGGGAAAUGCUUGGUUUGUUGUCUCUGAUGUUUCUUAGUAGUUUUUCAGAAAUUUGUUAGAUAUGUUAUCACAGUUCAUAUUCCUUUUUCAUAUCAUAACGUGGAGACUUGUGUGAUGGUGCACACCUUUAAUCCCAGAAUUCAGAAGCAAAGAUAGAUGGAUUUCUAGAGUUCAAGGCCAGCCUGGUCUACAUAUUCCUAGGAAUAGGAAGACCCUAUCUUUAAAACAAAACAAUUUUCUGCUUUAGCAUAUGAGUUCUAAAGUUGUAAUUAAGUAUUGGCAUGAUUUAUGUAGAUGAGUAAUUUACAUCGCCUUUAAAUGAGUAGAUUGGAGUUGACUUGCACAGUUAUGUUUUAUAUAAGAUACUGCAUGACAGUUUAUGAACUUGUUUUCCUACAAUAUUAGUUUUGUGAAUUUCUUCACUACUUUGCAUUUUACAGUGUUCUUUAACAAUAUGAUUUAAAACUAUUUUGUACAUUUAAAUGUUAAAUGAUAUGUUGUAUAUAUUUACAUUAAAGAAUAUUGUAAAUAUCAGUGUUUGUAAGAUUAUACAAGAUUUCCCCCAAAAUAUAAACUCACCUUUCUGUACUUACUUGUGACAUACCUGAUUUAAGCUUUGACUUAUUACCUUACAAUGAAAGCUAAGGAGAAACAUGCUGCCAAGUCAAUGUAGACAAAAAUUUGGCAAUAAAACAGGUGGUUUUGAUGUUGUUGUAAA